AGAGGGGUGGGGGUUGUCAUGGCAGCUGGAGUUACAGCGUUGAUUUGGGAUAGCUUGGGUCGAACUGGAGUGUGGUUCGGACGAAUCAAUGUUUACUCUGCGGUGUUUGCUCUCCCUGAGACCUGUUUUCAGCAUUGUGCAUUGCUCUAACCCGGCAGGAGCCUCAAACGGGAAAUGUGGUCGCCCGUCUUUUGCGAUUGUGUCUGUUUCUGGUGGCUUGGGGUUGGGGGUUUGACCUCUUUCUUUCUAUGUAAAAUCAUUGUGCCGAGUGAGUUGGCAGAAAAACCAGCUCCACACUCCACGCCGCACGCUCCACUCUUCCCGUUUCUUCUCUUUGACCUAUCUUGCUCCCUUUCUUUGACCUUCUCCACUCCCGCGCCUUCGCACCUUCGCACCUUCACACUUUCUCACCGACCCCCUCCCUUACUUGAGGGGCCGCCUUUCUUCUUUCCUUUCUUUCACCCUCUACAUCCACAAAACCACUCCUUUCCCCGUUCGCACCCAUUUCUUACCCCAGUAGCACCAACAACUUCAUCCGCCUUCGUGCAGAGCUGAGCAGAGUCGGCAUUGAGCUUGAAGAGCAGUAGCAGCAACAACAAGCUGAAUACCUCCUCAUAGACUCAAUCCUCUGCUUUCAGCCCGUCGAUUGACAAUCAUUCAUUA